AUGUAUAUACAUCUCGGGCGUCUCCCGCUCGUACACGGUGGCCUUGACUUCUGCCUUUUCAUACACCCUAGCAGGCCUGUGGAGCUAGCACCUACGAUUAUGAUAUGCAAAGCCAUGUCGGGAGAGAUGAAAGUGAAUAGAAGAGCGUUGGAUACUUUGAGUGAAAUCAUACAGAGCUGGGAGACUGCCUCCCUUUUAACUCUGCUAGAACGAUCAACAAGUGCUAUUCUCGUAAGUCUUCAUCAUUAUGACCGGGGCUGGGGUCUAGCUGGUAUGAACCGCAAGAGUGCUAUUUUCUCCAGCCCGAAGCCUUUGCUUUGCCACGCGGUGUUGUCAUAUACCAAUGUCAAGUCCAUAUCAGCAAGCACAAUUAAGAACUUUCAAGUUUCCGUCCAAAAGCCAUCCUGUCCCAGCUCGCUACUUGGCGGACCGUCUUUGUACCCGUUGCUAUGA